UUCAAAGAUGGCUGAAAGUGGAGUUCUAUAUCACGACUCUGUCGAAGAAUCAAGCGAAAACAUCUCAUGUGACGAAGAGACGUUGGACCCCCGUGUGAAGGAGGAACUUGAGAAACUAAACAUUGCAACAGAUGAAAUUAACAAGCUGGAGGUAGAACUUGAUGAAUCCAGAGCUGUUUUUCGUCAGUCACUCUCAGAGUCAACACUGAGUCUGAAUGAUUUGGCUAAAAAACUUGGCAGUUGUAUAGAGAAAGCCAGGCCUUACUAUGAAGCAAGACAACAAGCUAAAGAGGCUCAACAACAAACCCAGGAUGCAGCUCUUAAAUUUGAGAGAGCCAAUAGUAUGUUGGCAGCGGCCAAAGAGAUGGUGGAUGUAGCAGAGCAUGGUUUGGUCGUGGAGCGACGUACAUUUGACGCAAACUGGCAGGAAAUGCUGAAUCAUGCUACGAUGAAGGUGAAUGAAGCGGAGAAUGACAGAGCUGUAGUGGAAAUAGAACACCAAAGAACCGCAGCGUGGUUUGACGAAGCAGAGAGAGCAGUAAAAAAAUUACAAAAGUCUUUGAAAAAAAAUAUCAGUAAAUCAAGAACAUAUUUUGAAAUGAAGGCACAGUUCAACCAUCAGUUAGAGGAACAAAAGAAAAAAGUCACUGAAUUAGAAAAACGAGUCAAAAAAUCGAAAUCUUCGUAUUCCAUGGCGCUGAAGAACCUGGAAGCAAUUAGCGACAGGAUUCAUCGACGACGAGAGACAAAGCGGCUGAACAAAGAAAAACGAGGUGCCGGUGUUGGAGCCGAAGCACCAAGCAUCAAGACAAACGAGUCUGUGUCAUUGAUGAAUGACGACGCUGAACUGUCAUUUGAAGACGCAAUAAAAGAGGAGUUCAUUCUGUUACCGCACGCAAAUACGCUAGAGAGACAUAAAGUUCCUCAUCCACGUGUGAGGGCGCUGUCUGAACCGCAUGAGCCGAUUGAUCCACAUUCAAUCAUGAAUGCGUUUGAGUCAACGGAGCAUCUCAACGACGCGGGAUGGGACUCUCUGAGCCAAUCAACACAGGGAGAUGACUUGGAACGGGAGGAAUUUAUUGAAUUUUGCGCCGAGAAGCCGCAGACUGUAGAUGUUGGUGUCGGAACUGAAACUGACCCAGAGGUCCCCGAGAACAGUACGGGGGACGACACUCAGUGCGUAGAUGCGACUUCCAAACCUCUCAGGAACGUGGCAGUCACGAAUAAUAGCGUCGAGAAUGUAUCAUCUCAGGGUGUUCGAAGCGCUUCAACGUCUACACAAUCUGAAGCAAAUACCCCAUCACAGACAAUUGGAGGCAAUAACGCUGAAACUUCACCUUCUACCCUCGCCGAAGGAAAGGUCAGCGGCAAAGAAGAGGAAACUCACGAUACUUAUUUGUAGGCUUCUUAAUUGGUAAAGAGUGCAUUGUAAUGUACGCAUGUAAGUUAUUUUUGAGUGAUACGGAACACUUUAAAUUUGCUCACGGUAAAAACUCUACUGUAAUUUUUGCUGUUUAAUUUAAGUGACUGCCAUUGACAAUGGCGGAAGAUACAGUAAAACUCAAGUACAACAUCGCAUUCAACGGGCUCAAAAGUGGUACAGUCAUGUUCCCGAAUAUUAUUGAUGUGUUACAUGUUACAGAUGUCUCUAAGGCCAGGAAAAAAAAAAAAUG